CUAAGCAAUUCUUCUUCUUUUUUUUUAAGGUUGAGGCGCUGAAAAGUCUCCGUUGUGUGAUGUCUAUUACCUUUCGGUGGAUCAUGAACCUUGGUUCACCGCUAACCCCAUUGUAUAAAUAUAUGCAUAGUCUGGGUUUUCAAACUAACAAAAAGCGGCCAUUUUGCUUUUCUUUUUCGAUUCAAUGCCACCGAAUGACAUCUCAAUGUACAUUUCACAGCCUGAUUCGGUGGAACUUCUCGCUCAGAUCAUUGCUCUGUUAUCCGUGAGCGUCAUGUCCACUCUGUUUGGCAUAAAGUUUUUACAAAUGCCGCUGAAACAACUUUCCUACUCUCGCUGGCUGAUCUUUAUCCUUUUUGUUCUCUCAUGGGCAUUUACUACCAUGUCCUUCAUAUUGAUGCAUACGCAUAAUGGCAAUGCACUUGCCUGCUUGUUGUCCGAGAUUGCAUGUGAUCUUUUCUAUACAUCUACAAAGAUUGUCGUGUACUUGUGGCUGGUAGAACGUGUUUGGGUGGUAUCUUCAGCACGUUGCGAUCGUUGGCAAAGCAAAUCGUAUCGCUUUCACAUUCUCUUGUUGACGCCAUAUGUUAUCAUAUUCACUCUUAUGUUUAUUUACCAUAUUGCUCUCAUUGCCGACGACGGUAUAUGCUAUAUCGGGUUACAUAUUUACGCCAGCAUCCCGCUAUUGAUUUAUGACCUUUUUUUCAAUGCGUAUAUGACCAUUCUAUUUAUCAAGCCGUUGAUGCGUACAACGAAAAGUGUUGGCAACGCACUGAAAUACUCGCGUGUGCGCGAUGUGACUCGAAAAACAUUCAUUGCCUCCAUUGUAUCGCUUCUGGUCUCGUUUGCAAACAUCUUUGCCCUUACUGUCAUGGGUGGUCAAACGCGGGGUGCCAUCUGUUUAACAACAUGUAAUAUCGAUGUCAUGAUCAAUGUGAUUGUCAUUCACUGGGUCACCACCAAUCCUUCAAAGAAAAAGGCUCAUGGACGACACGAAAAAUUGGAUUCCAUCAGUAAUGAGGCACUGACGAAUUCCGCAGCACUACGGGAGACCAUCGAUGUCAAGCCUCCCCUAUCACCACCUAAAACAGUCGGCGCAAAAGCCCAUGCGAAACAAACCAGCGAUGAUGGUUUUUAAGGGCUUUUUCAUGAAUAGAGUAUAGUGUAUCUGACGCACACAACUUGGCCACUUAUUAAGGGGGUUUUUUGCCGGUCGCUCAUUUCUAUAUUGAUGAUUUAAUCCCAACUCCCCUCCCCCCUUAUUUCGAUACAUCGCAUCUAUACCCUCGUAAUACAAACA